AUGCAUCGUCGAGGUGGGAAAAGAAUUCGUAUGAACGAUCCUCCUGUGGAGUACGAUGAACCGGAGCUGAUGUAUCAACAUGAGCCGCUGAAUGAAAGUUGGUCAUCAGGAGGCCACGAUGAUGCUGCAAAUCCGGAAGAAACGGGUGAACCUUCCCGUGGCAGAAUGACGCGAUUGCGUGCACGCGGAGGCGUUCCACUCAAAGCACCCAUCAUCGAGGACGACGACGAGGAUGAUUUUUUCGCCAAGGACCAACAUCACAAGAAGCGCAAGGCUCCUCGCAAACCGCGAGAAACGGCCCCAAAAGAACACCACGAGAAGCCGCCCAGAGUGUACCGUGAGCGCGAGGAGCGUGAAGAACGCGUCGUCGUAACGGACCGUGAAAGUACGACCGACGAAGCGAGUCUGUACUACAUAUUGCGUAAUUCCAAACUUCCGAUAACCACGAUUGUGGACGAUUGGAUUACGCGGUAUAAGUUGGACAAGGAUUCGGCCCUGAUUGCGUUGAUGAAUUUUUUCGUUCAUGCGAGCGGCUGCAAAGGUAAAAUUACGCCCGACAUGCAGCAGGACAUGGAGCACACGGCAAUCAUUCGCAAAAUGACGGAAGAGUUCGACGAAGACAGUCAUGAGUACCCGCUGAUGAUGUCGGCACAGCAGUGGAAGAAGUUCAAGAUGAACUUUUGCGACUUUGUGCAGACGCUCGUGAAGCAGUGCCAGUAUUCCAUCAUUUACGAUCAGUUUCUGAUGGAUAAUGUAAUUUCGUUGCUGACAGGACUGUCCGAUUCACAAGUGCGAGCAUUCCGUCAUACCGCUACGUUGGCCGCCAUGAAGCUAAUGACAGCGCUGGUGGAUGUAGCCUUGCUGGUUUCCAUCCAGUUCGACAUGGCGGCCCGGCAAUACGAAACAGAACGGACGAAACCGCGCGAAAAACGGGCUCCGGAGCGGCUUGAUUCGCUGAUUUCGCGCCGGACCGAACUGGAAGAGAACAUGGACGAGAUAAAGAACAUGCUGACGUAUAUGUUCAAGUCCGUGUUUGUUCAUCGCUAUCGCGACACGCUGCCUGACAUCCGGGCCAUUUGUAUGUCAGAGAUUGGCAUUUGGAUGAUGAAGUUUUCGUCCAACUUUUUGGAUGAUUCAUAUUUGAAGUACAUCGGUUGGACGCUGCAUGAUAAAGUAGGCGAUGUACGACUGAAGUGUCUACAGGCCUUGCUGCCACUGUACGAGAACGAGGAGCUCAAGGCGAAGCUUGAGCUGUUUACUUCUAAAUUCAAAGAUCGUAUCGUGGCAAUGACGCUGGACAAGGAAUACGAAGCGGCAGUACACGCGGUAAAGCUGGUUAUCAACAUCCUCAAGAGCCAUCAAGACAUUUUGACCGAUAAGGAUAGCGAAAUCGUGUAUGAAUUGGUGUACUCUUCGCAUCGUGGAGUCGCUCAAGCGGCAGCCGAAUUUUUAAACGUACGCCUCUUCUGUCAGGAUCCCAGUGCGCCGCCUGUGUACACGAGACGUGGCAAGAUGCGUCUACCAAAUACGCCCCUGAUUCGCGAUUUGGUGCAGUUCUUUAUUGAAUCGGAACUGCAUGAGCAUGGUGCUUAUUUGGUCGACUCAUUCAUCGAUAACAAUCCGAUGCUAAAAGACUGGGAAUGCUACACGGAUCUGCUGCUGGAAGAGCCGGGACAGCAGGAAGAAAUGCUGGACAACAAACAGGAGUCGACACUGAUCGAAAUUAUGGUCAGUGCUGUGCGUCAAUCGGCCACUGGAGAACCACCGGUUGGGCGCGGCAGCAGCCGUAAGAUGACACUGAGCGCAAAGGAAAUCAAGCAGGUGCAGGACGAUAAGCAACGUUUGACGGAACAUUUUAUCCAAACGUUGCCACUGCUGUUGCACAAGUACAGCGCAGAUGGAGAGAAGCUAACGAACCUGCUAGCCAUUCCGCAGUACUUUGAUAUUGAGCUUUUUACCACCACGCGGCAGGAGUCGAAUUUGCAGGCGCUGCUCGACAAAAUGACGCACGUCAUGUCGACUCACGUGGAUCGGGAAGUGUUGGAGACGUGUGCGAAAACGCUUGAAUUUCUGUGCACGGAGGGCAGUGCUAUUUACACCCGUUGCGAUGUAGUACGGUCGAACGUGAUCGAAGAAUGCGUCACACGGUACAGGGAAGCGAUCGACGAUUAUCGUACGCUGAUUGCCGGCGAUGAGGUACCGAAUGAGGACGAGGUCUACAAUGUAAGCAUUUCGCUGAAGAAGGUUUCGACACUGUACGCCAGUCACAAUCUCAACCCGUGGAAUUUGUUCGAUUCGCUGUAUCAAGACAUCGAGGAGCGAAUCGGAGACAAGUCUCCCGAGACGAGCAUUCCGAAGGAUGCGCUCGUUUACUGCAUCGAGGCGUGCUUUUUCUCUAUCAACUGGGGCUUGAACCACCUGGAGACGACGAGGGAUCGCACGCAGGUGGCGCAGGAAUCGCACGAGUUGGGGAGAAAUUUGCACAAAUAUCUGAAUGCCUGUAACCACCUCGUUCGGUAUGAUCGUGAAUCGUCCGUCCAGGAGGCUGCAUUUAUGUCGAUCUGCGAUCUGUUGGUUGUAUUUUCCAACCAGCUGAAAAGUAAUAGCGACGAAAACAUACAAUCGUUGGUGCAUUCGCCAAACGAGGAACAAGAGCAGCUGCUGAACCAAUUUGUCCAGACAACGGUGUUUGCGACGGAGCAGGAAGAAGGGCAUGACGAGACGCGUAUCGAGGAGCUGCAUAAACGUCGAAGUUUCCUUGCAGGCUACUGCAAACUGAUCGUCUACAAUAUUCUUCCCACAAAGGCGGCAGCAGACAUUUUUAAACACUAUCUACGGCACUACGAUGAGUACGGUGACAUAAUCAAAACCACUUUGGGUAAAACUCGCGAAAUCAACAAAGUUAACUGUUCGAUGACAAUGUGUCUGAGCCUGAUAACAAUGUUUAAGGAACAGCAGGAACCAGAUGGGCGAGUUUCACGAUCGUCGCAAGAGUUCCAAGACCUGAAAGAACUGGCGAAACGGUUUGCCCUCUCGUUCGGGCUGGACGCGGUAAAGAACCGGGAAGCGAUCACCGUAUUCCACCGUGCCGGCAUUCAUUUUGCCGUAACGUCUUCCAAUGAAGAGCAGGAUGAUCCUUCCGCUCCACCACCGUGCAUCGCGUUUCUGGAAGUGUUAGCUGAAUUGACUAACAAAUUAAUUAAACAGGACAAGAAACUGAUUUUAACCUUCCUGGACCGUCGUCUAAAGGCGGGUAUUCCUUCGAGCCGCUCUGAGGACUGGCAACCACUGGUAACCUACCGAAACUCAUUACUGCACGGAGAAACGGAACAAAUUCCUGUUACCUCAAAGCGUGCGUACACAAGAAAGAAGAAGGAUGCUGAUCACGACGAAGACGAUGAUCAUGACGAUGAUGACGAGGAUUACGUCGGUUAA